UUGAACAGUUUGACGAAUAUUACUAAAUGAGUAAUGAUGUUUUUACACCUGAGAUUAGGUUGAUUGCAAAAUAAAACAAAAUCAUAAAUCAUAGGCAAAUUGUCACACUGAAGAUUACAUGUAUAAAUGGUAUAGGUAUUUGUGACACCUAGCCGAUGUCGAUGGAUGGUCCUCACUGCAAUUUACACACUUAGAUGCAGCUGAGCACAGGCCAUUGCUACACUCUUCGUUGCCACAGUUACUGCAGGUCCUCAUUUUGAAGAAUUUGGAAGGAAAAACUAUUGAUAAAAAAGGUGCAAAGGGAAAAGAGCAAAAGGCAGUGAGUGGGAGCAAUUUUGAUUUCAAACCAGGUCCUCAUUUUGAAGAAUUUGGAAAGAAAAACAUGUCUACAGAUAGAAAAGGUGCAAAGGGAAAAGAGAAAAUGGCUGUGAGCGGGAGCAAUUUUGAUUCCAAAAAAGCUGCACAGGUUUCAGGAAAUCAACAACAUUCUGGUACUACUGGAAGUAGACCAAAGUGCAAAUAUGAUAAAAGAAAACAAGCAACUGGAACAACAAAUGCUGGUGGUCAAAAUCACACAGUUAAGCUUAACUAUAAUUGCAAGCAGAUUAAAUGUAUGGAGAAAUCAGAUUUCUUUAAAUGUCGCAUCCCACCUGGUAUAGCUGUGAGUAUUGAAGAAGAUACAAUUGAACUUAAAGGUAAAGAUAUGCAAGUUCUAAAACUUGCUAAAGAUAAUGUGGAAAGGUGUAAAGAAAGUUUGAAGUUAGCAACUCUUAGCAUUCACAGCAUACAAGCACAAAUUUUGAAAAAGUCUGAUGUCAUUAAUUUUAUAAAUGAAUGCCUUGACAUUGAUAACUUGGUUGUAACAUGGGAUGUUGUUGAAGUUGCUGACCAAUCACUAUUAAAUGUAUUUUCUUUUGAUAAACAAGAAGCAGGUGAAAUGAUAAAGAAAGUGAUGGCAUGUAUUGCUGAAGAAAGAGUUAAAAUAGAAGAAACUGGACUGCCAUGGUUUCAGAAUUUAUUGAGAAAUGAACAAUCAAAACUUACAAUAACUAAGUCAUCUGCAGGAGAUGUAUUAUUAUAUACAACUAUCGAUGUCAGAGAAAAAUAUUUUGUAGUAAACAGGCGUUCCAAGGUAAACUUUUCUAGUUCAGUGGGGCAACAACAUGCGUCAAAUCAGCUGGUCAAGGCCACAGAUUCAAUAGAUCCCACAAAACAGCCAUCUACAGCAAAUCAACAAGCAACCCCCAAAGAUAAGAAACACAAACACAAAGAUUCAAAAGAAAUGGAAGAGAAACAAGCUCAUGAAUCUAAGGAAACAAAAACAAAAAACUCUGCUCAAGUGGUCAAGACAAGUGGCAUUCUACCCCCUUCACACUGGUUCGAUAUGGGUAAUGAAAAUUUCCUGAAAAUUGCAAUUAAGCCUGGUGAAGAUAGCAGUCAAAAAUAUGAAUGGGAAAAUAUUCAGACAAAAUUUGAAUCAACACUGCCAAAUGCCAGGAUAGUUUCAAUUCAAAGAAUACAGAACAUAUUUAUGUGGGAGCACUUUUACUUGAAGAAAAGGCAGUUUGAACAUGCAUAUGGAAAAGGUUGUUCCAAUCAGCUUUCCCUGUUUCAUGGUACUACACCUGACAUGUUAGAUGUUAUUGCAGAGCAGAAUCUUGAUCCUCGUCUAGCUGGAGAUCGUAUGGGUGCACGUUUAGGACAAGGAACGUAUUUUGCUGUUUCCCCUGAAUACUCUGAUCUGUAUGCAGAGUCAGACAGACAGGGGCAUAAAUUUAUGUUUUUUGCCAAUGUUUUGGCUGGUAAAUCAUGCAUUGGAAAAACAGACUAUAAGAGACCACCAAUGAAUCCAGAUAUAAAACCUCGAUUAUUUGACAGUUGUGUUGAUAAUGUCCAGAAUCCGAAAGUUUACUGUAUUUUUCAUGAUACUCAGUACUAUCUGAAAUAUCUGAUAGAGUAUACAUAAGUUCGAGUGUUUUGUUUGAAUUUACAAUUUUUUAUUUAUGUCUACAUGAUGUUUUGUCUGAGAAUACCAUAACAAGACGACAGGUUUCAAAUUGAUUGAAAAUGUUUCCAUAAUUUUAGUUAAAUACUGGUGAAAAAUCAUUUUGAAAAAGAUUUAAACCUUUUAUUACUUCAUCAUUUUUUAUUUUAUUUACGUGAUAACUACAAAAUAUUACAAUACUUUAAAAUGAAGAUGUCUUGGGUUAUGCUGGCACUAUUCCAGAAUAAAAUUUAUGGGUAACGGGUUUGGUCAACACUUUUUGUAACCAGCUUUCUAUAAUUUGUAAUUUCAUUUUUAUUUGAAUUUUGUUUGCUACCAUCCCCUUUCUCUGCUGAAAAAACACAUGUAGUAUCAAAAAGUUCCCAUAAUAGUUUUUGCUGAAAUAACUCUCAUAAAUCUUUCGUUCUCUCGUUAUAUUAAGGUCGAUAAAAAUAGCAUGAAAAGAAACAUUAUCUUUUCCUCGGAGUUCGGUAUUUUUGUUAUUACACUUUUUACACAAAAUAAUUUUACUAACAUUAACUUUUUUAAUUGCAAUUAAAACAUGACUUAGAUACAUUAUAUUAUUUUAGUCUUGCAAGAUUUUUGAGUUCUCUCACAUUUGUAAUUUGUGUUUUUAGUGAUUUUAGUUGUUUUUGUGCUUUGACUGGUUCUGACAAGUUUGAGCGUUUCAAAAAAUUUCUGUAGUUUGUUCUAAUGUUAUGCAAUACCUUGCAUUAAUCAAAAUCUCUUUCAUUUGUACUCAUUCAAAAUAGCAUUGUCCAACAGAAUUGUUGUUUGCUGAGUGAUAAUUUCCAAGAACCAUUUAAAAGCCAAAAUACCUUGAGUUAGAGCAUUUUUACCUUUACCUUAGUUUCAAUAUAUUUACACAGUUUAUAAAUAAUGUAAUUUAAUCAGUUCAACGAAGAAACACUACCGACUUGACGUGUGGUAGCUUCGGGGACUGACCCAAAAGGAAGUAAAAAUCCAAAUACUUUGAACUUAGUGUGUAAAAUAUGUUCUUGAAAUUUUUGAAAGCAUAUUUUUUUUAAGAAAGGGCUUUUUGGUAUUGAAACAUUCAUUUUUAAAAGGUGAUAAUUUUUAAUAAUCAACAGUUUUGUAUAUAUGUUUUUUAAAUAUACGUUUUCAUACUUUUUAUGAAUUUAUAAAUAACUGCUAAGGUAUAUUAACUAAUUACAUGUAUAUAUCAAUUAAUUUAUAGAUAAAAACCCAGUAAGACCUAUAACCAAACAUUUUAUGUUGUGUAAUAUAAAUUACACGUAUAACGUUUGUUUCUUUUUGCAUUUGCAAAUGUAUGAAUAUGAUCUAAAAUCAAUCUGGACAAUUUUAGUUAAAUUCUGAAAAAAAAUGUGAAAUCUGGAUUGACAAAAGUCACAAUAGUUAACUAUUAGUCAAUACAGACCAAUUUUGUAUUUGUAAAACAUUAUCAAAAUUUCAUAUUUUCAUGAUAUAUAUAUGUAGAUAUAUUCAUCGGAAAAGGUUUUAAAAUUUCCAAAAAUAUACUUUGAUGAAAGAAUACAUUUGAUAUGUAAUACCACCAAAUCAUGGUACGUCACAUCCGGUUGCAAGAUCCGGACGAAAAUAGUUCGAAAAAAAUAUUCCCUUGUAUUUGACAGUUGUAGGUAAUUAAUCCUACAUUUUAUUGCAGUAAAACAUUUCUUGGUCAUAACAUAUAUCUAUGGUAUUUCAAAGCACCAUUAUUUUUUUCAUUUGAAUUUUAAUAGAAAUUUUGGAAAUUUGAGGUUACAUGGUUUCUAAAGCUUGUACACAGGUUAAAUAAGGGAUAAAAUUAGAUUGGUUAACCUCCAGUGAUGGUUAUUUUCUUAUAUGCAAUGAAAUGUUAUGUGAAAAUUUUUCUAUAGUUUUGGACAGGAUAAAACUUCAAUCAUGCCAAGUAUUUUUUUAUUUGAAACAAAGAUAAAUUCUGCACAAUGUUUUGAAAAGUGCAAAUUUAGCAAAGACUAAUAGGGAAAAAUCAAUGGUGGUAUUACACCUUGAAAGCCAUAUGGCACACUAUGUAAGAUUCUUAAAUCUGCUUAUUUGUAGAAAUGUUUUUUUAAUACAAAUUGUCGAUGAAAUCAUUCCUUUUUCUGAAUUAACUGAUUAAAGAUCCGUGCAAGAUUGAA